AUGGCAAAGGCGUACGUGGUAUUGAGUUUUCAUGAAACUUUGUUGCACCAAUCUGAUGUUGAACUUUUGACUGGACCACACUGGCUAAAUGAUACAAUUAUAUCAUUUUACUUUGAAUAUUUAGAGAAGGUAAAGUUCAGUGAUUCAAAUGAUAUACUCUUUGUGUCACCAGAAGUAACUCAAUGUAUAAAAAUGGUAUCAUCAGAAGAAAUAAAGAUAUUUUUGGAACCACUUAAUAUUGAGACAAAGAAAUUUGUGUUCUUUGCUCUGAAUGAUAACAGUUCACCCGAUACAGCUGGGGGAUCCCACUGGAGUUUACUGGUUUAUUCUAAAGUGGAGAAUUGUUUUUUUCAUCUGGACUCAUCUUCAGGAAGCAAUCAUAACGUAGCUUGGGAUUUUGCAAGUCAUUUGAUGACUUAUUUAUCAAGAGCAGAUUUAAUUAAUUUUGUGGACAAGGAGUGUGUGCAACAAAGUAAUGGAUAUGACUGUGGAAUUCAUGUUAUUUGUAAUACUGAGAGAUUAGCGGAAUUUGCUAGAAGUCAUAGAGAAAUUAAUUCCUGUGAUAUGAUGAUGAGAAUAAACCCAAGCGCUAAGAGGAAAGAAAUACUCACAAUAAUACAAAAUCUUGCUAGUUCCCGAUAA